AUGGCCGACACGAUACCUUCACUUCAGACCGGGCCUCAAGAUGGCGAGCGCCGCUGCUUUAUCUGCCUUAUGGACGAGAACGAGUCCGGCGCCUCCGAGUCCGCCUGGGUCGACCCGUGCCCCUGCACCCUCGAAGGCCACCAAGACUGCAUGAUCCAGUGGGUCACGGAGCUGGAGCGCGAGGGCAAGGAGAUCCUCUGCCCGGUGUGCAAGGCCAAGAUCAACAUUGACGAGCCCUACGACCCGGCGCUCGCGCUCAGCAACCAGAUCUACAAGUCCUUCAGCAGGGUAUCGCCAGGCUUGAUCCUCGGCGGGAUCGGCGCGGGCACAUGGGUCAGCUUGGCCAUGUACGGCAACAUUGCAGUGCGGGUGUUUGCGGGCCCCGAGGCGACGUAUCGCUUCUUCUUCAACGACAGGAACCCCAGAGGCGUGCCCAUGGUCAACUGGAUCCACGUCGCGAUCCUGCCGACUAUCGCGCCCGCCCUGGUCCUGGGCUCAUCGGUGCCUAUCCUGGGCAAUGUCUUCUUCAUGCCCGUCGCCGCGCUGUACGGCGUUUUCCACAUGGCCAAAGACGACCACUUCUUCUCCUGGCCUCCAUCCCCCCAACUCGCGGCAGCGUGCUUUCCGUACAUUAGAGCUGUAUACAAUAACCUCUGGCACGAGUUUGUCUGCCCGUAUGAGAAGAGGUGGGAGCGCACAAUUGCCGGACUGCCCGAGCCAGCACCCCAGGCAAACAACAGACCGAAUGGCAACCGCCGCCGCCGUGGUAGGAACAACGAUGGCGCCAACGAAGCCGCUAGAAACGUCGGCUUGGUCGGGGGUUUGAUCGAUGCCGCCAUCGACAUGCUGGACAUCCCUGACGUGGAAAUGGAGGUCGAGCUAGAGGAAGUGGAAAUGGGGCAGGACCAUGAUGUCGUCAACCUCGAGAUUCUCGUCGAGGAGAUCGAGGAGGCGCAUGCAGCGGAGCAAGAGAAUGGCGGCGGAGAUAUUGCUGCUGCUCUCCCUGCUCAGCUACCCCAGCCAGGCAACGAGCCUCAGCAGGCAGCGGUCGCGGCACCUCAACAACCCGCAGCCCAGCCGGCACCCGCAGCACCACGCCAGCGGGGUAUUCAGGCCAGCCUCAAGGACGUCACAAAUGCGAUCGUGAGCACGCUCCUGCUCCCAGUCUUCUCGGCCGCCAUGGGCGAAGCCAUCCGGUUGGCGCUGCCCAAGCCCUGGACAUCUCCGGCGGGCACCUUUGGUCGGUUCAAGAUCCGGACGGGGCUGCUCCAGGAGCAAUGGGGCCGGAACCUCGUCGGUGGCUGCAUGUACGUUGUGAUCCGCGACGUAUUCCGGCUCUACACCAAAUACCGCCUCGCGAAGAACAAGCCCCUGCGCAAGAUUCGCAACGUGGACAGGCGGAGGAACCAGACCUCUCCCACUUCUCCCGCUGCGUAG